CUAGUAACUGAAGCACUUCAAUCUGCAACGUGCAAGAGCAAUGGCGGAUCAGACUCCUCCCUUUCAAACCCGUCCUCACAGUCAAAUCUUCGCGCCGUCACCGUCAUCUUCAUCAUCGGAGGCGCGCCAGUGGAGGCCACAUGCUCAACGGAACCUGAGGAACCAGUGGUCGAAGCUUAAUUUACUCCGCCAAGAUUGGCGCUCUGCCUCCGAUGCCGGCCGCUCUCACGCCACCGCAAUCGUCAAUUCCUAUCUCUCUCAGAAGUAUAUGGAUGGCAUGGAGUUUGGUGUGUUGAGUGACAUGCCUAAUAUUCGAAGGAAUGCUGCUUACAAGUUGUUCAUGCAGCAGGAGCUUAAUAGAGGCAGACUACUGAAAUCUUACAAAGAUAUGGUUGGAAUUCUGACCGAUAUGGUUAGGAUAUGUAAAUCUAUGAGGUGCUAUUAUAUAGGAACAAGCAAUAGUCCACUGGCUCAGUUUUCUUUCUCUUCUGAAGAUGGCAAUGACAGCGGCGACUGUGGUGGAAUCCCUGUUUUUCAAUUUUGUUCAAUUGCUUCAUUUGAAAAGUUAGCAUUGGAGAUUACUAAAAUGUUCAUAUUGGAUUUGAAUGUAAAGCGGUCGCUUGUAGUAGAAUUCCUGUCCAUCUAUGAUGAAAAAGUUGCAGAAGCCAUGGUAUUGCAAUGGUCUGACGAACUCUAUGAGGGAGAAUUUGGUGAUCUGGCUACAUUGAACUUGUACUCUGCAGAAACUCAUAAACUAAAUCCUCCAUCACUUAGUAAUUGCAACUCAAGUACUUCAAACAUUCAAUCUAAACGGCAGCAAGAUAGCAUUGUUUUAGAGGUUUCCCUAACAACCUGGCUGGCAGAUGUGAACAUCGAUAAAUACAGGAUUGAGGAGAUAUUUGGUAUUGCGGGAGAGGAGAUGCAUGUCAACUUUCUUGAGACAUCUGCUUGAUGAUAAAUUCGAUUUCUAUUAUGGGCCACCAAGCUAAGGUUUUGUACAUCUGCUUGUUAAAUUAAGAUUAAUAUUUAGUGUAUCGAUUCUACUUUAGAUGGAAUUGAUGAUAUUUAGUGUAUCGAUACUACUUUAGAUGGAAUUGAUGAGAUCUUGCCCUUGCUUCUGGGACUGAAUUAUGGACUGAGAUAUAAUUAAUAAACCCAUAUUUGAGUUGAUAAA